AUGCCACGGUACAGUUGGACCUCUGCCCAGCCACUUAACGACGACCAGAUCUCAUACUUUGCAUACACGAUUCAGCACGCGGUGUUCCUGGCGAAGCAAGCCGUAAUGUACUGGCCUUGCGAUCCCUACCAAGACGAAACCUUCCUGCGCUACUUCGAUCCCACCGAAGCCGAAUUUGCCAAGAACAUGUUCCAAGCGGUUGCCAACGUGCCAUUCGACCUCGACCUCACCGACCGCGCUGCUCUUGAACGGCUUGCAAGCGACCCGGUCAGUUUCAAUCCACGGUUCGCAGGGUUGUCCAUUCAUUUCCUGGGAUCUCAUCCAGAUUUGUUGCCCGAGAAUGGUGGUCCCGGCGCACCAGAUGGAGGCUGUGAGGACGACUUCGACGAUGAAGUGAGGUCUGCUUUCAUGGAAUUGAAAUCCGGAGGUAGCGUCGGCUUGUUGUCCUUUUGCAGAAAGGUCUACCAAUAUUACCCCAUGCUCAACGACCUGCUGUACCAGCCAGAUUGGGCAAUAGACUGGCAAAAGGACCAGAAGAAUGGAAAGCAAUACAAAACCGGGUACGGCGGCUGUAGCGACUUCGACUACCGGGAUAAUUUCUGGAUGGACACCACUGGGCUGGACAUGCUGCACGAGUUCUUCCACUACCCAGGUCUGUUUGCAGAUGUGCCCAACUAUGCAGCAACGAUCCCGUUCGAGUGGAAGAACGCUUGGGGCGAGACAAUACCGCAUAUGAUGCUCGAUUUCAUCCCCGAUCUGGACCGUGACGAAAGCGGAGGCUACCCAUCGGACGCCUACGGCGCCUGGAGUGCCAUGCGGAUUAACCAGUUAGAACCCUUCGACGUUGAGGGUGUGAGAUACAGGGGCAUUUACAACCCUGACAACUACGCCUGGUACGCCACGAGUGUCUUCUGGUCAAGACAUUGCGGGCAAAGAUUCAAGGCUCCAGAGAGUGAGGAGGACUUUCAGAGGUACCGGCCACGCCCAUACUCCCCGUUCUAA